AUGAUCAAUGGGAUGCUUGCAAGAGCCUGCGAGGACAGCUUGACCUUGGAAAAUGGUGUUGAGCAAGAAGAGAAUGGGCCUUGUGCUAUGGAUGUUGUUGAUGGUGAUGAUGAAGUGGACAGAAAAGAGUUGGGAAUUAUUGAAGAAAGUAGUACUGAAAAAAAAUUGAAUAGUGAGAAAGUUACUACUUCUUUAAGUGGUGUAGAGUGGCUUUUAGGUUCCAAGAGCAAGAUUUAUUUGGCAUCAGAGCGGCCCUCCAAGAAACGAAAGCUUUUGGGAAAAGAUGCUGGGUUGGAUAAGCUCCUUGUAGCACGUCCAGUUGAAGGCUUUGAGUCUGUGUGCCAUUAUUGUAGUUAUGGUGACAUGGGCGACCUCUUGAAUAAGUUGAUCAAGUGUUGUUCUUGUGGGAUGGUGGUCCAUCAGAGGUGUUAUGGAGUUCUAGAAGAUGUAGAUAGUUCGUGGUUAUGUUCAUGGUGUAAAUGGAAAAAUACUGUGGACAUGAGCAUAGAGAAACCAUGUUUGCUUUGUCCGAAGCAAGGUGGUGCCCUGAAGCCUGUGCGUGAAAGAGGACUUGGAAUUGAGAAUGAGGAGUCUAAGGCGGAGUUCGCUCAUUUAUUUUGUUGCCAGUGGAUGCCUGAGGUUUAUCUUGAUAACAUUGGGACAAUGGAGCCUAUCAUGAAUAUGAACGAAUUGAAGGACACAAGAAGGAAGUUAAUUUGUUAUUUGUGCAAGGUUAAGUAUGGUGCCUGUGUCCGGUGCAGUAAUGGAUCUUGCAGAACAUCAUUCCAUCCUAUCUGUGCGAGGGAAGCAAGACACAGAAUGGAGAUAUGGGGGAAGAUUAGAUCUGAUGAGGUUGAAUUGCGUGCUUUUUGUUCAAAGCAUUCUGAAGUCCAGUCUGACAGUGGCUGUCAAGAUAUUGGAGACAUUCCAUUGACAGCUGAUUUGGAUCUCUGCAAACUGAAUGACAUUGUAUUGGAUGGAGAUGACUUGCUAGAUAAUAGAAGUUCUGACACUCAUCCAGAAAAUGGAGUUGCACUGCGUACUGCUCUUCGUUCAGCAGAUAGGAAUGGCAAUGAGGACAUUAAUGCUUGCACUCCUCCCAAUUUCUCUAUGAUUUUAAAGAAGUUAAUUGAUAUUGGGAAAGUCGACGCCAAAGAUCUGGCCUCAGAGAUUGGUGUUUCUGCCGAUUCUUUAAAUACAGUACUCACUGAAAAUCACAUGGUUCCUGAGUUACAAUAUAAAUUACUGAAAUGGUUGAAGACCCAUGUUCAUGUUGGGAACCUACAGAAAACUUUGCAAGCGAUGUUUAGAUCAUUUUUAGGACCAAAGCCCAUGUCAGAUGUAGCUGAAGGUGUUGGUGAUGUUUCAGUAGAGGAGUCUGGUAUUUCUGAUGCUGUUCCAGUUAAAUCUGUGCCGCCUCGGAGAAGAACCAAAAGCAGUGUAAGGAAUGUGAAAGAUGAUAACUCAUGCCUUUCAACAGACAAGGCUCACGAUGAAACAACAGAGCGUGAUACCUGCCUGUCUCUUCCUGUUGGAGAACACUCCAAUGAAGUGCCAAGUGAGUCCUCGCCAGAUGAGUCCAAGAAGAUUUUGCUUGAUCCUCAGCAACACCAAGAUAAUUCUGCAAAUAAUUCUGUUAAAAUUGAAGACAAGCUUAGAGCUCUGGUGCAGUGUCUCUCUGAAGAUGGUCUGGUUGGGGAGACCAAACAAUCUCAGACGAUGGAUGCCUGUUCACUUGUCUUCAGAAAUGGGGAAGUAAACCAUGCUUCAUACAUCCAUCCAUUUAUCUACAGUAAAUUGAUGCAGACCAAGAGUGACAUGCUUGAAAAAGUUGCAUUCUACCAGUCUGCAGUUUUAAGAGAUCGGGAAGUUUCAAAGUUGAAAGCAUCUUCCAGUUCAGGCCUCUGUUGUAAUAAUGACCUGCAAGCAACAUCUUCUGAUCAGACUUCUAGAUGCGAGGAUGAGAAUCUUGAUCAAUUGGUUAAGGCAAGAAACCUGGGUAUAUUAAAAAUAUCUCCUGGAGAUGAAGUGGAAGGAGCACUUAUAUAUUACCAACAACGUCUUCUUUGCAAUGCUGCUAUGAGAAAACAAAUAAGCGAUGAUUUGAUUUCAAAGGUGGUUAGGAGUCUUCCACGAGAGUUAGACGCUGCAGGAAAACAAAAAUGGGAUGCUGUAUUAGUUAGUCAGUACACUCAUGAGCUUAGAGAAGCAAAAAAGCAGGGAAGAAAAGAACGCCGGCAUAAGGAAGCUCAAGCAGUAUUGGCUGCUGCAACUGCUGCAGCUGCAGCUUCCUCUAGAAUAUCAUCACUUAGGAAAGACACCUUAGAAGAUCAACACGAGGAUCUUCUGAAGAAUGGUUCAUCAGAUGUAAGACCUGGGUUCUACUCCAAGUUGAAUCCUCGAGCGAAAGAGACUACUUCUAGGUCUGCUGUUGCGAGGUCUUCAUCUGAUAUAAACUCAGAUUCCGCCCGAUCAGCUUCUGAGUUCUCUAAAGACCAUCCUAGAACAUGUGACAUAUGCAGACGUCCUGAGACUGCUUUGAAUCCUGUUUUAGUUUGUUCAAGUUGCAAGAUUACAGUUCACUUGGAUUGCUAUCGUAGUGUCAGAAGUGCCACUGGGCCAUGGCACUGUGAAUUAUGUGAAGACUUGUUUUCUUCUCGGGGUUCGGGAGCUCUGGCAACAAAUUCUUGGGAGAAGCCCUACUUUGUUGCAGAAUGUGGUUUAUGUGGUGGCACAGCAGGUGCUUUUAGAAAGACAGUUGGUGGUCAAUGGAUACAUGCCUUAUGUGCUGAAUGGGUGUUAGAGUCAACAUACAGAAGGGGGCAAGUCAGUCCUAUUGGGGGCAUGGACAAUGUCUCCAAGGGAGUUGAUACUUGCACAGUCUGCCGUCGAAAACAGGGUGCUUGCCUUAAGUGUAGUUAUGGUCACUGUCAGACAACAUUUCAUCCUACCUGUGCUAGGAGUGCUGGUUUCUACAUGACUGUGAGGACUAGUGGCGACAAGUUGCAGCAUAAGGCUUACUGUGAAAAGCAUAGCGUUGAACAAAAAGCAAAGGCUGACACUCAGAAGCAUGGUAUGGAAGAGUUUAAGAGUCUUAAGCAAGUCAGGGUUGAAUUGGAGAGAUUGCGUCUUUUGUGCGAGAGAAUUAUAAAAAGGGAGAAAUUGAAACGUGAAUUGGUUCUUUGCUCACAUGAUGUUCUUGCUUCAAGUCGAGACUCUGUUUUGUCUAAUUUGGCUCGUCACCCAUUUUACCAACCUGAAGUUAGUUCCGAAUCUGCAACAACCUCCAUCAAAGGUUACACUGAUGGUUACAGAUCAAGCAGUGAAAUGAUGCAAAGAUCAGAUGACAUAUCGGUCGACAGCACAGUCGCCGGUAAGAGGCGUGUUAAAAUUCCCAUGUCUGCGGACAACGAUCAGAAAACAGAUGACAGUUCAACAUCGCAAAACGUCCACUCUCUGAAACCACCGGAUAGACUGUCUUUUGCUGGCAAGAAAAUUCCCCAGAGACUUUCUGUUGCAUCAAGGAAUCUCUCGGAUGACACGGAAAAACGAUUGAACAAUAGAAAAGAUGUGCCUUCUUGUUAACUGUUGGUGUAGCACACUGAAACCUUCGAAAAAGAGCUCAUUAUGACAUCAGACCAAGCGUCCAUGAAGAACCAGCGGCUACCAAAAGGAUUCGUUUAUGUUCCAAUACGAUGCCUAUCCAAGGACAAGGAGACCGUUCCAGAUGCAUGCGCACGAGAAUCAGACGGAACGUGAUAAAAAGGUUAAGUCUUGUAUCGCUUGACUGUCAUUUCGGAUCAAAGACGUUGCAUCGGCUGAGCCCUGAUGCAGAUCAUCAUCAUCUCCCCUGGGACAUCGAUGUUACAUAAGGCAAGAUUAUGACCCUAUUUUAACAGCGAAAGGGCAGAUUUUGCCAGCGGAGAUGAUGGAAGUUUGGAACCAUUGUUGUACAUGCAUGUCACAGUAUACUGUACAGUGGGAUGGGGGUGUAUUUUUCCCAUUGUAUGUAUGUCCAGCGGCUUAAUUUCUCUGGCCAUCUUAUUUCUUUAUUUUUUUUCUUGUUUAUCUUUUUUUAAAACUAAAUUAUACCCUUCCCAGUUCGAAAGGUGGCAAUGGAGCUCUGCUGCUUGUAAUAAUUGUACAAAACCAUCUGCCUAUGUUCAGACUGUAAAGGCGUGUAUAUAGAGUAUCAUGAUUCAAGAAUCAAUGCAAUUUAGGCCAAUUUGAUUCA